AUGGACGCGCCUGGCGCGACACCGCCGGACGAAAGUGCCAUUCAGAGCACUCCCAAGCACGACACAUCCAUACGAACCGGAUCACCUACAGACACGACUCAAGGCGCCCAAGAUAGACAGCAACGAUUCAAUGACCACAGCUCUAAUAGCAGCGAUGAUGGAGAAGAAGAGGAGGCCGAUGAAGAAGAGGCCGAAGGAGAGGAUGACUCGGACGACGAGGACGAGGAACCCCGCCUCAAGUACGCAUACCUUACGAAGCACCUGGGAUCAGUAUAUCGCAACGGGGAUGCGACAAGCUCGUUCCUCGUAGCAGGGGAUAAAAUGAUCGUCGGGACGCACAACGGAAACGUCCAUGUUAUGUCCUUACCGCUUCUACAAUCCGUCCGUGUAUAUCAUGCACACUCAGCCAGUGUCACCUCAAUAUCGAUAUCGCCAUGUCCGCCUCCCCUUCCGAACUUCAAGCAAGAGCUCUUCAGCAAGCAGACUGCAGAAGAAUACAGACCACCAACGCGAGCAUCAACAUUCACUGGCAGUAUCCGUGGCCAAGGAAAACUGGGUAAUCAUUCGACCGUCCUUCCUCUACCAUCGAACUCGAUUUACAUCGGGACCUCCUCAAUCGAUGGCCACGUGUGCGUCUCAUCGCUAGUAGACCCGAAGGAUGUGCUAUUGCGCAAUUUUGGCCGCCCAGUCCAGUCUAUUGCUUUGUCUCCCGAAUACAAGAAUGACCGGGCAUUCCUGUCUGGUGGCCGAGCGGCCGCCACGGCGUCAAGUUGGCUUGGAUCCAUGGGCCUAGCAGCCACUAGUGGAAAAGACACGAUUAUCCACAGCGGCGAAGGGACUAUAAGCACAAUUAAAUGGUCAUUGUCGGGAAAUUAUGUGGCCUGGGUCAACGAGGAAGGCAUUAAGAUUAUGCGGUCAAAUUUACAUCUAGAUUCUUCAGAGACGGAAUUUGCCUGGAAACGAAUCAGCCAUAUCGAUCGUCCAAAUCGUCCCGGCUGGGACGAAAUGGCCAAUGUUUGGAAGGCACGCGCUGAAUGGAUCGACCAGUCCGCUCUAGACAGUCGGGACCAUCUCGAUCCAAAUGACUGUCCAGCAAGUCCAGAGGUACAGUCGACGGUGCUCACUGAGAAAGUGGAAAAGCUUGUCGUCGGGUGGGGAGGAACUGUUUGGGUCAUUGAUGUCUACCCCGAAAGGGCAAGCAAAACAUCCAAGGGAGAGAAAUUGGGCUCUGCGGAGGUUGUUACAAUAUUACGAACAGACUGCGUGGUAUCUGGCAUCUCAUUGUAUACACCUCGUCUUCUUGUCAUUCUUGCAUAUUUGGAGACCGAAGGCGAAACUGCAAGUAACGGAGGAGGCAGUGGGACCCGCAAUCGAAAAAAGGGCCUGGAACCUGAACUUCGUGUCAUUGACAUUGAGACCAAGGAAGAAAUUAGCGCCGAUACACUUUCAGUAAACCGCUUUGAGGGUCUCUCGGCAUCUGAUUAUCAUCUAAGUGUCUUGCCUCCGUGGAAGACCCCAGGGGGACAGGUCGUCCAGCGCGGUGCCCUCGGGGCUCUUGGUCAUGGGAUUUUGGAUGCUACUAUGUAUUCUGCGCGGCUAUUCAGCUCCGGUGCCAGUAUCCGCAGUACCACAAGUAGUGGGGACAAGGGAUCUGGUAGAUUUGCUCCCUCUUUCAUGUCCAAAAUCCACGCGACUGAGGAGCCCCUUCCGAAGGAGGUACAGGAAGUUUCAGGUGCUCCUGGUGCCAAAAUUUUUGUCCACAGCCCAUAUGACUGUGUUGUUGCAGUGAAACGGGAUCUUGCGGACCGUUUGUCCUGGCUUGAUUCUCAUGGCCAGUACGAGGACGCAUGGCGUCUCGUCGAUGAACAUCCCGAAGCUGCGGGCUCAAUACCUGACUUAGCCGACGUUAUGUCCGAGGCUGCAAGGUCGCAAACCAGUUUAGGUGACUUCUUCGCUGAUGAUCGAUCAUCCAUGACGACGGCUGGUAGAAGACAAGUUUCUGCUGCCGAACAAGAAAAAGCUCGCCUUGGGGAACUCUGGAUCAACCAACUUGUCAGCGAAGAGAAGUGGAUUCAUGCUGCGAGUAUUUGUGGCAAAGUCAUUCGCAAUGCCUCACGAUGGGAACACUGGGCGUGGGUCUUUAUCAAAAAGGAUAAAAUUGACGAGAUAACUCCACAAAUUCCAGUUGAUUUACAUCCAUCGUUGCCUAGUCAGAUCUACGAAGUCAUUCUCACUCACUAUGUGUCACGAGAUUUGGUCAAAUUCAAAGAACUGGUCGGAACAUGGCCGUCCGAUUUGUUUGAUGCGAACGUGAUCACAGAAUCCAUCGAAGCACAGGUGAAAUCCGGAUCGGUGCGCGCCGGUUCUGAGGAAUGGCGAAUCCUCACAGAUUGCCUAGCCAAGUUGUUCCUGGCAGGAGGGCAUUACCGCGAAGCCUUGCGUUGCUACAUUCGAUUGCAAGAUGGAGAUGCGGCAAUGUCUUUGGUUCGGGAACACCGAUUGCUCGAUGCAGUCACUGAUGAUAUACCGGCCUUCAUCAUGAUUCGCGUUUCCAAAGAGCAAAUGAAGUCUGCCACAAAAUUCGAACUGGAGGAGCUGACUUCUGAGCCCACGCGACUCCUCGUAAGGGAAGCAUACACGGGCAUUGUUCCCCCAGAUACCGUGGUAUCACAGUUGGUCGCCGCGGACCGGUUCCUGUUCCUUUAUUUCUAUCUCCGUGCGCUCUGGCGAGGUGAAUCAUUACCGCAGGACGCUCACAAACCUAGAAGAGGACGUGGAACGCAUGCUCGGGAUGCAGCCAGCAAGCUUGCUGCCGAUGAAGGCAAAGCCCUGAUUGAUAACUUUGCAGAUACGGCUGUUGAGGUAUUUGCCGACUACGACCGACCUCUACUGAUGGAGUUCCUCCAAACAAGCAUAUCCUAUUCGUUCGAGAAAGCCACCUCGAUCUGCGAAAACCACAGAUUCACGCCAGAGUUGAUUUUCCUUUUGUCCAAGAUGGGCCAGACAAAGCGAGCCUUGAACCUGAUUCUAUCGGAUCUCAAGGAUGUCUCACAGGCCAUUUCAUUUGCAAAGUCGCAGGACGAUCCCGAUCUGUGGGAGGAUCUGCUUGACUACUCCAUGGACAAGCCAAAGUUCAUCCAUGGUCUUCUCGUUGAGGCCGGGACGGCCAUCGACCCGAUAAAGCUUGUGCGUCGUAUCCCGAGCGGGCUAGAGAUUGAAGGUCUAAGAGAGGGCCUCACCCGCUUGAUCCGUGAGCAUGAUCUGCAGGCUAGUAUUAGUCAAGGCGCGGCUAGGGUUAUGCAAAGCGAAGUUGCACUUGGGAUGGACUCGCUGCGCAAAGGUCAGCGGCGGGGAAUCAGGUUCGAUGUCACCGAGGUUAGAGAGAAAGAUUCCAAUAAGACACCGACAAUGAAUGCCCCAGCUCAAGAUCACAUAUCUGAAACCAAUGGUGCGAGAGAAUUCGGAGGCCCUGGACAGGGAAGAUGUGGCGGUUGCAAAGCCGCUUUCCGGGAAAACGAGCGAGAAAUUCUCGUUGGCUUUGCUUGUGGCCACAUUUUCCAUCUAUCCCACUUGCACUCAGACACGCCACAACAAUCUGGCGCAAACAGCCGUGACCGAUCUGCUGAUCUUACACCCCGAGCCAUGUCUCCAGUCGACGAGACCCGGUCUGCCACUGCAUCUCGCAGUGUUGGCCCCAAGGUUACGACGGCAAGAAUCCUGCGGGACAAGAUUGGUGAUGGAUGUCGGAUUUGUGCUCUGACGCGAGACAUUGAAUCUCUUGGUGGUGAGGUUAAGGUUUGA